UUUUAUAAUUUAUUUUCUGGUCUGUAGGAGGAGCUGGAAGCACAUGAAACCUCGCUGUCAGUUUGAAUGAUUACUGAACGAAGAUUUAUAAACAAAAAAUCAUGCUUGAAGCGAUUUUUAAAAAUUAAUGUAAUAAAAAUGACAGAGUGUGUGUUAAGAAGGAUUUCGUUUUUGGUGAAGGACGUCUGUAAAGUUCGUUGUUAUGCUUCUUUCAUACCUUUGCCCGAACCGGUCUCGAGCAAGAAGAAGAAGUGCCGCAUGUACUCCUUCGGACUGGCUGAACUGGGUGCUCUAGGAAUUGAGAAUUCGGACAACAAAUUAAUGAAAAAGUAUGUCGCAAAACCGGUGAGAAUCUCUUUUGCCGAGAAGAACGUGGUGACGAGGGUCGCCUGCGGGCACGGAUUUACUGCUAUCGGGGUAGAUUCCGAUGACAGGAUUAAGCUUUACGGGACGGGAUUAGCUACCGAAGGGCAGAUAGGAGAAAGAUCGGACAAAAUUGUCGAUCGCCCGGUCCCGAUAGACCUGGGUCUCAGAGACGAGACGACCAGGAUAAUCUCAUUGUCAGCAGGCAGGGCCCACGUGGCAGUAGUCACUGAUAAAGAGGGUGUGUUCCUGUUGGGCAACAACUCGUACGGGCAAUGCGGCCAAGAGCCUGAAUUCGACAGUAAUGGUGUCUGCGUCACCUUGAACCACAUUAAAAAUCUUGACGGGAUGAACGUCGAUGCUGUUUGCUGCGGGCAAGACCACACGAUCUUUCUCGCCCAGGGCAAUGUUUACGCCUGCGGGUGGGGCGCCGAUGGUCAGAUGGGUCAAUGCAGUACGAAAAACCUAUCCACUCCAAAGAUCAUAUCUGGCGAUCUCUGUUUUGAGAAGGUGUUGAAAGUCACAGGCUGCGCCGACACCGUGUUGGCUCUGACAGAGAAAGGCGAAAUCUUUGGUUGGGGGAGCAGCGAAUGUGCACAGCUUUCCAACGAACAUGACAUUCAGCAGAUCAAUUUGCCAAAAAUGCUCGAGUGUGUUCAGUCCAUGUGUGGUAAAAUAAUCGAUGUCGCUGCUGGAGGCUCUUUUUGCAUCGUACUCAAUGAACAUCAUGAAGUUUUCGUCUGGGGUUAUGGUAUUCUAGGAGGUGGGCCCAAAUUGGAGAAAACCUCGAAGCCUUUUAAAAUCCCAGUUACUCUCUUUGGAAAUAAUGAGUUUGACCGUCUUGCCAAGCCGAUGUCGGUUCAUUGCGGUUUGAGCCAUUUCGCAGUAAUAAACAGUAACAGACAUGUCUUUACUUGGGGCAAGAAUAGACACGGGUGUCUUGGCAUCGGUCAAACAAGAGAUCAGUAUUUCCCGUACAAAGUAGCCUUGAGUGGUCUAGCAAAACAAAUUUCUUGCGGCUUCGAUCAUACAGUUAUCCUUGCUGACCCCAUCAUAUAACUUUUCUAGUGACACAAUCUUAGUGUAUGUUUUGUAAAUAAAAACACUUGGAAACUUUUUAUUUUU